ACCGUUCCCAGUUACCGUCCCGUCUGUCGCCGUGGUACCUUGUUCUUGCGGCAUUUGACUGCCAGCAACUCUGCCUUUCUCGAAUUCCACUCUUUUUCUGAAUUCUUCCACUCCCCAACUCCUCCGACCCCGAACAACAUCUAUUGCUCCGCGAAUACCCUCACGAGGCACCAACGACCGUCACGAUGCUUUCCCGAGGAUCCGCCCGCACUGCGCAGAUUCUGCGCACCGCGCAGCCCGCGCGCGCCUACGCCACGGUCGGCUCUGACAUCUUCAAGCCCACCAAGUUUGGCGGCAAGUACACGGUCACGUUGAUCCCUGGUGACGGUAUCGGUGCCGAGGUCGCCGAGAGCGUCAAGACCAUCUUCAAGGCCGACAACGUCCCCAUUGAGUGGGAGCAAGUCGAGGUCUCUGGUCUCAACACCACCACCCCCGAGAAGACUGAGGACCUCUUCCGCGAGUCCGUCGCCUCCCUCCGCCGCAACAAGCUCGGCCUCAAGGGUAUCCUCCACACCCCCAUUGAGCGCUCCGGCCACCAGUCCUUCAACGUCGCCAUGCGCCAGGAGCUCGACAUCUACGCCUCCAUCUCCCUCAUCAAGAACAUCCCCGGCUACCAGACCCGCCAUGAGGGUGUCGACCUCGCCAUCAUCCGUGAGAACACCGAGGGUGAGUACUCUGGCCUCGAGCACCAGUCCGUCCCCGGUGUCGUCGAGUCCCUCAAGAUCAUCACCCGCGCCAAGUCUGAGCGCAUCGCCAAGUUCGCCUUCAACUUCGCUCUGGCCAACAACCGCAAGAAGGUCACCUGCAUCCACAAGGCCAACAUCAUGAAGUUGGCUGACGGUCUCUUCCGCUCCACCUUCCACCGUGUCGCCAACGACUACCCCACCCUCGAGGUCAACGACAUGAUUGUCGACAACGCCUCCAUGCAGGCUGUUAGCAAGCCCCAGCAGUUCGAUGUCAUGGUCAUGCCCAACCUGUACGGUGGCAUUCUGUCCAACAUUGGCGCUGCCCUCGUCGGUGGUGCUGGUAUCGUUCCCGGCUGCAACAUGGGCCGUGAUGUUGCUGUCUUCGAGCCCGGUUGCCGUCACGUCGGUCUCGACAUCAAGGGCAAGGACCAGGCCAACCCCACUGCUCUGAUCCUGUCCGGUGCCAUGCUUCUCCGUCACCUUGGUCUCGAUGACCACGCCAACCGCAUCUCCCAGGCCAUCUACGGCGUCAUUGCCGAGGGCCAGGUCCGCACCCGUGACAUGGGCGGUGAGGCCACCACCCACCAGUUCACCAAGGCCAUCCUCGACAAGAUGGAUACCUUGUAAAUACAGCUACAGACACACAAACCACCAUCCCUGUAGCUAUACGAUAAAACCAACCACAGCGGGCGGCUUCCCACCUUCCUCAAAACGCUCCCCUAUUUACCUACCUUUUCCCCCGACAACGCGAUUAGACUCGAAAUGAGGCGAGACUGGGACGGAGAUAGAUACCACCGACGCGGUCGAAUUGCAUAAACAAGCGGAGGAAUAGAUUUCUGUUUUGGACACUGGGAGGAAGGCUCGGUCUUGCUGGGAGAUUGUAGUUGUACCAGUUGUACGUAGCAUAGGAGUCACGCAAAGCAUAUGAGUUCCUUUUUCGUUGUUUGAACAAGACCUUACCAAAC